AUGAUUACAGUUUGUAAUUCUAUCGUCUUAGACAUCGUCAUGGCUAAUAAAGUGGCACCAGUCCCAGAUUCCAAAUUACCAUCAUUCACAACUUCGAAAACAUCGUCACCGUUUUUAGACAUAAUGAGAACUUAUGUUCAGUCAAAAAUGUGCUAUCAUCCAAGUGCAUUAACGAAUGCAAAUGUGACUAAUAUAAACAACAAAGCUGUUGCGUAUCAAAUUGAUCUAUGGACACUAGUCGAUCGUCGUUCGGCAAAGCAACGCGAACGACCGUAUAAUGCUGAAAACACGCCUAGGGAACCACUUAAAAAUCUAUGGAGUUAUGAUUUUGGCCAUCCUAAAACAGUGUUAAAGAAGAAGCUGAAACUUACAUAUGAUCUGAUGCAAACAAGUUGGAAAACCAUUUGUCCCAAAUGUGAUGGCCAUGGCAGAUAUGAUUGUUGGUCAUGUGAUGGCCGAGGCCUCAAACAUUGUACUAAUUGUCCCACGAAUUAUAGCACUACGUAUUACACAGCCACUUGUUCAUCCUGUCAUGGCAGUCGUCUUAAGAAAUGUUCAAGUUGUGGGGGUAGUGGUAGAAUUGACUGUAGUCGCUGUAGCAAACGUGGCAUUCUCUUACAUUGGUAUGAAUUAAAAAUUGUAUGGUACACUAUUCAUUCCGUAUCCUAUCAAUCAAAUACCCCAUUACCACCAAAAAAGAUUAAAAAAGCUCCCGGAAAAGAAAACUCUUUCACCGUUGACGUAAUCUGGUCGCAGACUACUUCGUUUGAUCAAUAUUUUCAGAGCAAAUUGGCAACGCCACUCAACUCUUUAGUGAAAAUUGAUCAGCUAACACGGGAUUUUAAUAAGAAGCAUUUGAAAAAAAUGAAAAAGGAUCGACGAAUGAUUGGACUGAAAUGUGAAAUACAAAGGCUAGGUGUGACUGAAGUUGAAUAUGAAAUUGAAGGAUUUACGAACAAGAGAGAUGUGAAUAUGGGUAAUAGGUUUCAUUUUUAUCAUUAUGGAAUUGGAAAAAAAAAUGAACCACUCGUUUAUGAGAACGAUUAUCCAUUGAAUGCAUGCGGUUGCUUUGGUGUAGGAUGUGCACAUUAUUCGAAAUGCUGUACACAAUCUUUUUCAAUAACAGAGAAUAAAACCAUGGCUAGCAAAGUGGCACCAGCUCCAGAUACAUCGUCACCGUUUUUAGACAUAAUGAAAACUUAUGUUCAGUCAAAAAUGUGCUAUCAUCCAAGUGCAUUAAUGAAUGCAAAUGUGACUAAUGUAAACACCAAAGCUACUGCCUAUCAAAUUGAUCUAUGGACGUUAAUUGAUCGUCGCACGAUAGAACAACAAGGACGACCAUAUAAUGGUGAGAACACGCCUCAAGAACAACUUCGUGAUCCGUGGAGCUAUGACUUUGGACGACCGGCAAUAGUCUUAGAAAACAGACAAAAGUCGGUGCAUGACUUGAUGCAAACAAGUUGGAAAGCCGCUUGUUCUAAAUGUAACGGUCAUGGUAUGCAUAACUGUGCGUCCUGUCAUGGCAGAGGUCGCAGAGCUUGUACUCAUUGUGGUACCACUCAAAACUCUGCGCAACAUGCACAUCAAUGUAUAUCCUGUCAUGGCACCCGUACUGUGACAUGUUCAAACUGUAGAGGUCAUGGCAAAGUGAGCUGUACUCGUUGUAAUAGACGCGGCGUACUCUUACAUUGGCAUCGAUUGACGAUCGAAUGGUACACUCUUCAUUCAGUAUCUUAUCAGUCGAAUACUCCAUUGCCAGUGAAAAAAAUUAAACAAGCUCCAGGAAAACAAAUCUAUCUUUCAUUGGAGCAAGGCUGGUCUCAAACUGCUCAAUUCGAUCAAUAUUUUCAAAGUAGAUUGGCGACACUACCUAAUUGUUCAGUAAAAAUCAAUGAGUUAACAGAAGAUUAUAACAAAAAGCACCUGCAGAAUAUAAAACAGAACAUGCGUAUGAUUGCACUAAAAUGUGAAAUACAAAAACUGGAUAUAACCGAAGUUGAAUACGAAAUUGAAGGGUUCACCAACAAGAGAGACGAAAAUAUGGGUAAUAAAUUUCGUUUUUAUCACUAUGGUGUAGGAAAAGAAAACGAACCGUUGGUUUAUGAAAACGAUUAUCCAUUGAAUACCUGUGGCUGCUGUGGUGCUGGAUGUGCACAUUAUUCAAAAUGCUGUACAGUUAUGUGA